AUGGCCAACUUUGGCGUGGAUACCAUCCACCUUAACGUGGGCGUCGGCGACUGCGAGAUUGUCCUCCAGGUCGACCUCUCCGACUCGACUCGCCUGCCCAAGAUCGUCAAGGCCGUCUUGAUCGACGGGGGAUAUCCCACCUGGUUCCGCGGGCGCGCCGUCGAGACCAUUAACAAAUUUAUUAAAUUUGGAUGCCGCCGUCGGUAUCGCCUCCCCGAUGGUGAUACCACGCUUAUGUUGGACGCGAUUGUCAUCACCCACUGGGAUCAGGACCACUAUGGCGGCAUCGUCUGCGCGAUGGAGCAGGAUCUCCAACAAGCGAUCCUCAACGAUGUCGUGAAUAGAGGACACAAGGAUCAGCUUCUGGCCAAGAACCGCUGUUCCUUUCUACGUUAUGGGCCAGAUACCGCGUCGGGAGCCCGGGGCCCACCCCUGACCACCGUGUAUGUGCCAUAUUGGACUCCGAUCCCUCCGCAAAAGGCCCCGCAUAGUUUGCUCGAGCUGCAGGAGGAGGCCUUGAUCCAUUACUUGGCAGUAGAUGUGACUCCUUUCGCCGUCUUUGGAGAUCGAUGGUGGAUGGGCAAGGUAGCCCUUCUCCGGAGUACCUACGUCGAGAACAUCGGCCGUGACCUGUUCACGGAUGUCUGGGCUGGCAACCCGGCCACUCCCCUCGUGCAGGCGACCUUCGCAACGCCCAGAGACCUUGCAGUGGCACUGAAACUGCGUGGAUGCCCGGGCGGAAGGCCGGCCCUCGCCAUCGUGGGUUGUCAAAGAGAGAACAUUGUCCCGCCGGCCCCCUCUUCCUCCUCCCGGACGCUUCCCCGGGCUCCAUCGCCAUCUUUUACCUUGCCCUCCAACCCCCCAGUGCCGGUGCGCCCCCAUCGCCCUGUGCUUCGGAUGGUCAACCGCCCGGAGGUCAAGGAUGAAGCCGACACCACCAAUGCAGCCUCCAUUAUCUGCGUCGUCAUCUGGGUCGACACCGGUGUUAUUGGGCACUUUAUGGGCGGCGAUGCCUUCUGGACACAGGAGAUUCCGCUGGUCAAGUGGAUUGCUGGGCCGCCUGAAUCCACUUCAAGGAUCGGAGCCGUCAAACUGAGCCAUCAUGGAUCAGCGUCGUCGACCCCAACAACCCUCUUUAGCUCGCUCUGCCCGAGAUCGAUCAUUGUCUCGGCGUAUGAUGAUUACUAUCACCCUCGUUGGGAGAUUAUACUCUGGCUCGACGCAUAUAUACGAACAACCACACUGCGCGGUCCCAUGCGGCUGUACUCAAUGGUGUAUCCCUACUAUCUGAACGCAGUGGUUAGCGCUUCAGGCACGGUCUCGACCAGCGCCAAAGCAAAUCAGCCCGUAGCCAGCGCCAUCAUUCCGACGAAGUCCAAAGAUAUUCAAGCCUUCCAGACGAGCCUGGGCAACCUCAUCAGCGCCUUCACCGGUAGUAGUGCAUGGACUGGCUUCACCUUUACCGAAUUCAUGGCGACCUACACGGACACGCCCCAGGUGGGGUUGGAUUACCUUGUUUUGAAGGUUCACGAUGCCUGGCGGAAUCUUAGCGAUGUCACAGCGCGGCAAAAUAUUUGGGAUCCGUUCUCCAUGCAAUCCAUUUUUUAUCAACUUGUCCGGACGCGGGCCGCACCGGAUGAGGACGGCGAGGUGGUGACCCAAAACAAGGACUUCUGGUUCAAGCAGCAAGCAGGAAGGAAGAAGAAAACAGUGCGUAGGCCGCCCAAGGCAGUCUCGUUUGUGCGGACCAACCCCAGACCGGCGAGGGCAGCCGUGCGGGCAAAAGAGGCGACACAGAUCCGAAUUGAGCAAGCCAGGAAGGCCAUGUUGGCGAGGCAAGUGCAGAUAAGCGGUGCCCAGGAUGAGGUGAAAAAUGCGAUGCAGCCUGCCGAUCUAGAAGAAGGAGAUAAAGGUGUGGAAGCCGGCGGCCUACAGCAACCCUUCAGCGGCGCAUUUGGUAAAGUGGCAGUGGCAGUGGCAGCGGCAACACCGGCAGACGAGACUCCAGUCACAUACCCAACCUCCGGAUAUUAUAUUUGCAUUGACGCGGCCAUUGUCACUUCGGCAUCCAAUGUUCUUUCUCUCUCCCACACCGGAGACCAGGCAAGUCUCAACAACUUGAUUGACAGCCUGAACACCGGAGUGCUUGCCCUUUCGGCUGCUCCAGAUUCCGCAGGGCAGGCCCUCCUCGAUGGGACCACGGAGGCAGGCUGCGAUGAAUGGUUUUUCUGGCUUUCCAGUGCCAUCGGAGCAACGUCCGUCAAGGCCGUUAGACACCAGUCGGAUCCGUCCAGUUCUCCAGUAUCAUCCUUUACUAUCAGCACUAUCGACCCUUGGGCGCUCACCUUCAGCACCGAGGGGAUUGCACUGGCCUUCCACAGCAACGACCUCCCGGUCAUUCCACCCAUUGGCUUCCAAGUCGAUCAGAAUACUUUGAUUCUCGGCCUGGAGAAGCACGAUCUCGCUGCCAUCUGGACAUUGGACAGGGUCCUGGAUUUCAUGGGAAUCGAAAAUCAGGUUCUCCUGGGCCUCUCGUCCGCGUUUCCAAUCGUCCCUGACUUCACUCCGGGCACGCGGAACGCCAUCUGGUUCACGCCUUGCGCCUCCUACCGCACGGUGAUGCGUCUUCAGUUCAAAUUUAGUGACCCAGUAACGUGGAACAGCUGGAUGACUACCCUCCAUCUGACAAACAUCACCUUCUCCGAACCCAAGCUCGUUCUGAAACGGACCGUGACUCGCUUCGAGAUCCCAGGCGACUUCGAACUUUAUGUCGAUUCGGAGCUGAUGGUAACGACCACAGUAUCCGUCGUCCAGAACAACGCGGCUUCCCCAGUCGAUGCGGUGUUGAUUUUCGAUCCGAGCUUCACCACACUCGUGCUUCAGCCGCGCAGUGGCAGUCUCUCCGACAUUUUUGCCUGGCUCAUCACGGCGUUGCACUUGGACGCCGUGGAGGCGAAUGCUGUCAAUGAUGUAUCGAACUGGCUUGCGGCCGUGUCGAGUCAUUUGCCAUCGGUGAGAGAAGUGCAAGUCAUGCUCGACACCAGCGGUAUCCUCAUGUUUCGCGUCAAGUUCGUGUUGGAGGUUGAUUUUGGUAAGGAUCCAGGUAAUGCAGCAGAUAAGAAGGUUGCCUUCAUUUUUACAUACACAUACAACACGUCCGAGCCAAAACACAUCGUGUCCGGCUCUCUGUGGACUCCAGUCUUUGCCGCUGACUUGCAAUCCUCUCUUCCUCUCCGGUUUGAUCCGAUUUAUGAGGAUUUCCAGACCAACGACGGCGUGCCUCCAGAGUACCGCAACUUCCUUCAUCUCUCGGCCCUGUUUCCGGAUCUCCAGGUGGUUAACGUCCCAGCGGAGCUGAAUCUAGAGGUCUUCGACCUGGAGGUCUCGCUCAGCUCGGAUAACUUGUACAUCUCCGGCACCCUCAUCCGUGAUCCUACUAUUCAACCAGAGCAUUUCGCCCUCGACAGCGUUACCUUGGGAGCUGCAUACUACUUUGCCAAACCCGCAUCUCCAGGGCACUCCGCCCGGAAUGCAUCCAGCACUGUGAAUUUCUCCGCCCAGAUUUCCAUGCUAGGCCACACUCCCAAAGACAAUGCCACACUACUAGCCUCCAUUGAUUACGUCUCAAACGACUCAGAAGAUAGCACUUGGCACUUGCAUGGCGGCCUGCGAAGUGUGACGAUGGGGACGCUGGUGUCUUUGUUCCCCGGUGGAGACCGACAGUCGGUGAUGGAUCUGGCAGAGCACUUUUCCAUCUCCUCGCUGAACCUGGAUUAUAUCUACUCGUCGUCGGGCAAAGGCAGUCAAUUCCAGGCCGAGGCGGUUCUUAUCCUCGACGUCUUUCAGCUCAGCAUGGAUUUCACCUGGCAAGCAGGAAAGGCCUGGUCCAUCGUGUGCACGCUGCAGGCGUCUCCUGGAGUUGACACAACGUUUAUCCAGGUUUUGAAAGCCGUGAUGCCCGAUUCAGCGGUCACUGACAUGAUUCCGAACUUUGCGAACUUCCGCAUCAGCUCUGCGGACUCCUCGCAGAACGGAACACGGCUGACUUUCAAUAUGGACAAAACCGCCAAUUAUAUCACGGCUGUCUUGACGCUCUUCUUGAAGGGCAAUGGAGACGAUCCGGAUAUCACUUGCAGCCUGAUUCAAAUCAAGGAACCAACCGUCACCACAGGAAGUGGGGCGCCGAAACCUGCUGCUACCAAGCGUCUCCUCCGGGUUACUGUCGGCUCUAUACCGUGGGGAGACAUCUCGUCCAUCCCUCUGGUGGGAAAGAUUCAGAAACCUUUUGAUGAAUUAGAUUAUAUCUGGGUGCACGAUGACAGCAAUGUAGGCCUGACUCGGGAUGAUAUCACCUGUAUCAACUCGAUCCCAGAACCACAGCGCAUCUACGUCCACGACACAAAGCCCAAACCCGCAGGAAGUGAUGUAUUGCUGGUGACAGGGUCGCAUUUCUUGGUCGUUGGCCAGGACAAGAGUGUACCGGCCGGGCAAUCUGCUCUCCUGGAUUAUGUCUUCGGGCAUGCCGCGCAGACACCAGGACCACAAAGUGAUUUAGGACCGGCUGAGCCGUCCGGCGGCACGACCAUGGCGAAACUGGACUCCCACCAGGGGCCACUGUCCGUCAAGAAUUUUGGCUUGCGAUACAGUGACAGCACGCUGCACAUCGUAUUCGACGCAACAGUCAAGCUCGGGCCUAUCGAAUUUGCGCUUCUCGGGUUCAGCAUUGGCCUGCAGUUCUCACAGGGCAUCGAUCUUCGGACUCUGUACAAAGCACAUCUCAGUGUUUCUCUACAGGGCAUGGAAUGUAGCUAUGCCGAGCCACCGAUGAUACUUGCAGGAAUCUUCGAAGAUCUGUCCACCGACACCAUGACAAAGUACAUUGGCGGGGUCGAUUUCCAAUUCGAACCCUAUAGCUUCCUAGCGGUUGGCUCAUACGGUGAACUCAAGGAUGCCACCGGCAGUAUGUUGUUCAAAUCGGUCUUUGUCUUCGCCAAACUCGAUGGUCCCCUUAUUGAGUUCGAGUUUGCCGAGGUUUCCGGCAUCACGGCUGGUUUUGGCUAUAAUUCUGCGUUGCGGUUCCCGUCUCUGCCUGAGCUUCCGUCUUUUCCAUUCGUGAGCAAUCCAUCGGGUCUCUCCACCACCGAUCCUGUGGAGUUGCUGCAGGCCCUGACCUCGGAUGGCGCGCAAAACCCCAGUCCUGGGUGGGUGUCGAUGCGGAAUGGCAGUAUCUGGCUUGCGGCGGGUCUGGAGGUGAAAGCUUUCCAGAUCCUCAGUGUCAAUGCGAUUGUCGUGCUGGAGUUCAAUCCGUAUGUCAGUCUGGGUCUCUUUGCCAAAGCGGCUGCCUCCAUGCCUGCUGCCACGGACGGGAAACCGCUACCCCCUGGGGAGUCGUUCUUGUAUGUCGAGCUCGGGCUGGCGGCCGCGAUCGAUUUUCACGCGGGGACGAUGCGCGUAGAAGGCAGCCUGACGCCAAACUCGUACGUGCUGAACCCAAUGUGCCAUCUGAGCGGCGGGUUUGCCCUUUGCUAUUGGUUUCAAGGAUCCCAGCAUGAAGGCGACUGGGUGUUCACCAUUGGAGGCUACCAUGCCGCCUUCCAGCCCCCCGACCAUUAUCCAAGACCGGAUCGGCUCCAAAUUCAAUGGUACGUGGGCGGUGGGCUCAAUAUCACCGGCCAAGCGUAUUUUGCAAUCACGCCAAAGGUCUGCAUGGGCGGUGGAUUGCUCUCUGCGUGUCUGGAUCUGGGCCCCUUGCAUGCAUAUUUCGACGCGUGGGCCGACUUCCUGAUGACAUACAAACCAUUCUAUUUCGUCGGCGACGUCGGUGUCCAGGUCGGUGUGGAGUUUACGCUCGAUCUCUGGAUCUGCACGAUCCACAUCAACGUCCACAUCGGAGCCGCCCUGAAUCUCUACGGCCCACCCUUCGGCGGUGAGGUCUGGGUCGACUUCUGGGUCUUUGGAUUCAGUAUCCAUUUCGGUAAUGACAGAGUCGAUCAGGCUGCGCUCACUCUACCCCAGUUCUAUCAGUUGUUGUUGCAACAGGAAGCGCCUCAUACCACUCCCACUGGAAGCACGAACAGUGACCACGUUCUGUCGAUCGAGGCCGGUCGACAAAUCAUCAACAGCGGCGGCGAGAGCACGGAUGUCCCCGAGGGAGAGCCGUGGAAAGUCAAAUCCCAGGGAUUUAUCUGCAGAGUACAGUCGCGAUUUGCCAUCGAGUCGGCAGAUGUCAAUGGUGUUUCGCCGGUGACUACCAAGACUCGGAUAUAUUCAAAACCUAUGCAUCUCACAGCUCCAGAUCCCAGUCGCAAGAUUCCGGAUGAGCAUAUAACAUCUGCCAUGAAGAUCACCAUCAAGGGGCAUGACGAUGCGAUGGGGACUUUCACUUGUAAGGAGGUCUAUAAAAAAGUUCCGCAGGCUUCCUGGGGCAGUUACGACCCCAACUCCGACCCUCUAUUAACCCACAAUGGCAACGAUGCCCUUCUCGACCACUCCGCCGAUCUAACCACCGACCGUAUCAUGGGCAUCUCAGUCAUCGCCCCGAAACCCUUCCUUCCUUUAGACCCCAUCCAGCCAUUCGACGCCCUGGCCGCGGACUCCCUCCCUGUGCUGCCAGACGACAGCGACACCUACCGUCCUGCAUUUCUUUCCACUCUCGCCUGGGCGAAUGACGCCUGGACGCCGCAGCCGCAUCCGGCCGGCGUAGCCUCCGACAACGAGAUCCUGUGGAAGCUUGCAGAAACUGCUUGGCAAGCUGCCACGGACCUGGGUGAUGACGGAACCGGAAAGAAGAUCCUGGGCUUGGCUGAUGUUGUGGAGGAUUGGAAGGACGUGAUGGGGUGGAGUGGGGGAAUCGAUGCUGAGAUUCCCACGCAGGUGAUGAAUAGGUUCGAGCAGCUUUAUAUGAGUGCGCCGUUUGUGGGUGUUGUUUGA